CCCCGUGGUAAUUGGUGCUUCCGCAGUACAACUUCACCGACGCUAAUAGUCUGCGACCAGACAUUUGUGCGACGCAUAGAGCAAUGGCGAGCGCUAAAAAGAGUGCUCUACUUUCCUCUUUGGCAGACUAUGGAGACGAUUCAGAGCCUGACUCCGAACCCGAACCAGAAGAGACAGGGGCGCGUGGAGUGGGUCUGGUGUACAGCUACGACGAGGAUGAGCUGAACCGAACUGAGGACGCAGAUGACAAGAGGUCUGGAGAUGAAGACAGCAGAGACAGCAACUCGGAAAUGGAAGAAUCUGACGAGGGGAGGGACGCAGAUGAUGUUGAGAUAUUAGAAGCGGAAAGAAAGGACCCCAAUGAGCUAGUUGCUCUAUUUUCAGAAAAGGUGAGGAAUAUGUCACCUGAUGAGAUCAGGAUCCCCCCUGAGCCCCCCGGACGCUGCUCGAGCCAACUACAGGAGAAGAUCCACAAGCUGUAUGAGAGGAAGCUCCAUGGAGAUUUUGACACAAACAGCCACAUCCAGAAAAAGAAAGAAUUUAGAAACCCAAGCAUUUACGAGAAGCUCAUCCAGUUCUGCGGUAUAGAUGAACUGGGAACUAACUACCCAAAAGAUAUGUUUGAUCCUCAUGGCUGGUCAGAAGACUCUUAUUAUGAAGCUCUGGCUAAAGCCCAGAACGUGGAGAUGGACAAACUGGAGAAAGCCAAGAAGGAGCGGACCAAGAUUGAGUUUGUCACAGGGACUAAGAAGGGCACCAACCCCUCCAGCACGGCAUCGUCCACCACCAGCAACACCACCACCACCACCGCCACAGCAGAGGCCCAGAAGAGGAAAAGCAAGUGGGACUCUGCGAUCCCUGUGACCCUGGCCCAGCCCGCCCUCAUCACUACCACCGCGACCCUGCCUGCUGUUGUGUCCGUAACCACUACUGCUAGCGGCACCAAGACCACUGUCAUCUCUGCAGUAGGCACCAUCCUGAAGAAAGCGAAGCAGUGAACACGAGAAACGUGUUUGUCUAUACUAGUGAGCGAUCCAAACAGCGACUGACAUAAAGCUGGAAGAGCUGUCUUAUCCUGCGCUCAUUAUAUAUGUGAAAAGAUGCAGAGCGAGAAGUUUACCAAAUUUUAGAACCAACCUACAAAUGCCCUCUGCCACACGCGGACUAAGACUAAGACUUAACUGCUUUCUAUCUCUGGGAUUGUAUCUGCACUAUUGCGUCAUAAAUCCAUAUUCACAGUUUGGUGAAAAUACUCAAAGACCUUCUGAAAAUGGAAGCGUGUGAUGCAUGCGGCUCUCACGCUGACGAAACGUGUCUGUCAUUCUUUUUUUUUUUAUAUGUUGGCAACAGUUGUUAGUUUUAAGAGAACAUGAACAUGCGAAUGGCUGAGUAGGAAAAAGGCUCCCAGACAGACCUGGUAGAAAUAUCUGAAAAAGUGUUUAUUUUUAUAUCCAUAUUUCUGAUGCAGUAUUUUCACGCCACCUUUAGCAGUUACAUGUAAUAGCUCAACAUGUGCAUUGUUUUUCUGCUUUCUUUUUUCUUUCAUCUGCAUAUUCUCCGAAGUAAGAUUUUUUUUUUUUUUACAUGUGUACAUAUGUAUUAAUGAUACGGUAAAUAAAUGGAUCAGAUGUUGCCUUUUCA